UCUGCGAGUCUGGGGUUGGGGGAAGUCUGGCCCUUGGACAUAAAGGGCAGUCAUUGGUGUAGAUGCAUUUAAGCAAAAGGCUGCUGGGCCCUGAGAGGGAGAUGAGACCAGGACAGGGCCCUAAGCUCACGCCCCCCCAGCAUGGUGGGCAGGAGUAGCCUGCCAGGGGGCUGAGAGGCAGCUGCCAACCCCUGCAGGAGGGGCCAGGCCCCAAAGCGGGCUUGGACAGCGCUCUGUAGCCCUGACAGCAGUGUUCAGGCACGUCGCUGGUCCUGGGGCCCCUCUCUGACCCUGCUCCCCGCUCUUUUCUCCCUGGUGGCCCUCUCCCGCCUGCUGAGCACGCCUUCCCAAGGCCAGGCCCUGGUGACAGCAGGUGCCGGGUUCUGGCGCCCCCUGGGGCUGUGGUCCUGAGGAGGGGGCCAGGACGGAGCGCGGCGGCACCGCCAGCCCCUGGGGCCGCGGGGGCGGGGCCCUGGGGGGCGGCCUGCAGCCCCCCGAGGCGCGAGGGCGGGGCGGGAGCGGCCGCAGCCUGUAAUUUGUAGUUAUAUUUAGCGGGCCGCUCUGGGCGGCCGGGUAUAAGCGACCGCGCGCCCACCCUCCCGCCCGCCCGAGCGAGGAGGAGACGGCGCUGGAACCCAUGGACACCGCGUACCCCCGCGAGGACCCCCGGGCGCCGGCGCCGCGCAAGCCCGAGGGCGCGGCCCACUCGGCCCUCCCGCCGGGGGCGCCGGGCCCCCCACCUCGGGACCACUUGAUCUGGUCGGUGUUCAGCACCCUCUACCUGAACCUGUGCUGCCUCGGCUUCCUGGCGCUGGCCUACUCCAUCAAGGCUCGAGACCAGAAGGUGGCCGGAGAUUUGGAGGCAGCCCGGCGCUUCGGCUCCAAAGCCAAGUGCUACAACAUCUUGGCCACCAUGUGGGCAUUGGUGCCACCCCUGCUGCUCCUGGCACUGGUGGUGACCGGCGCCCUGCACCUGUCUCGGCUGGCCAAGGACUCCGCCGCCUUCUUCAGCACCAAGUUUGAUGACUCAGACUACGACUGA